AUAACAUUUAAUAGCCACCUAUGUAGUUGUUAUCAACCCCACAUUUUUGAAUGAAUCAUUAGAACAACAAUUGGAUUCACACACACACACACACACACACACACACAAAUCACCUCUAACUUUGCGGCAAUUUCGGAUGCAUUGCUAGCGUCGGCGCGAAUCGCAGCUUCGAGCAAACGAAAUUUGAAUUCGCAGUUGCUGUUUAAGGGAGUUUCAAGUGAAAGGGAGAAGAUGGGUUUCUUCUCCCUGUUUCUUGUGGCAUCCAUGCCAAUUGUGCAGGUCCUGCUCAUAGGCCUGCUGGGAGCUUUUCUUGCUUCUGGUUACAGCAACAUUCUCACCGUCGGCGCGCGCAAGGACAUGAACAAGGUUGUUUUCGCGGUGUUCACGCCGUCUCUCAUGUUCGCGAACCUGGCAAAGACAGUGACUCUCCAGGAUGCUAUCUCUUGGUGGUUUAUGCCUGUCAACAUUGGGAUCAUAUUCUUAGUUGGUGGGCUUCUUGGAUGGGUGGCAGUGAAGAUCUUGAGACCACCCCAACAUCUCGGAGGCCUCGUCAUCGCUUCGUGCUCCGCAGGAAACCUCGGCAAUCUACUGCUGAUAAUUGUUCCUGCUGUUUGUGAUGAGGAUGGGAAUCCAUUUGGUGGCGAGAGGAGCAUCUGCAGCGCCCGCGGGCUCUCUUACGCGUCUUUCUCGAUGGCGCUUGGGGGCUUCUACAUAUGGACACAUACAUAUAGUCUCAUGAAGAGAGCUGGAAAAUUGUAUCACAGGAACCUGCUAAGAAAUAAUUUGGUUCAAGAGAUUGAACACAAGGAUUCGUUCGCGAACGGGGAUUCGGGCAAGGCGGAGAACGGAGAGGCUGCGGUCGAUCAGGAGGCUUUGAUUCCGACAGCAGAGAAACCCGACGACGAAAGCCAACAAAACCAACUUGCGUUGCCGCUGUUGUCUAGUGACAGUAGUUUUAUGGGCAGUAAGAAGAACUUCUGGGACAAGCUCAAAGAAGGCACCCACCAGAUUGUUGAGGAAUUACUCGCACCGCCAACUGUUUCUGCUAUCAUAGGUUUCAUUGUUGGCGCAACGCCAUGGUUGAAGUCUCUAUUUAUCGGAGAUGCAGCUCCUCUUCGAGUUAUACAAGACUCCGUAAAACUAUUAGGGGAUGGCACAAUACCUUGCAUUACCCUCAUUCUAGGAGGAAACCUUACACAAGGGCUUCGAAAGUCGGUCAUAAGGCCGGUGGAGAUCGCAGCCAUAAUCCUCGUGCGGUAUCUGAUCCUCCCAGUAAUCGGGGUCGCCGUGGUGAAAGCGGCUUACGAAAUCGGAUUCCUACCGCAAGACCCGCUGUAUCGAUACGUGCUGAUGAUACAGUUCACUCUCCCCCCUGCAAUGAACAUUGGAACAAUGGCUCAGUUGUAUGAUGUUGGUCAAGAGGAGUGCUCUGUGAUCUUCCUAUGGACUUAUUUGGUCGCGGGGGUCGCGCUCACUGCUUGGUCGACCGUGUUCAUGUGGAUAUUGUCGUAGAAUUAUCGAUCGAAUCGGUCGCGCCGAUUACUAUUUUACUCCCUACAUACAUAUACAUUUUUUGCAUUGUUGUGAUUUGGAAUGUCAAAAGAAGGGCAAAAAAGUGGAAGCAUAUUACUUGCAUGGUAGAGGCCCUGUAGUAAUAUGUAAAAUGGCCUGGAAUUGCUAAGAGUUUAUUAGGAUAUUAGUUGUGCAGCAAUGGUUAUACAAGUUUAUAAUUCUUUAUGUAUCUUAGAAAUUUUGUCUUUUAUAUAUAUAUAUAUAUGUUAUAUGUUGUUCAUA